AUGAGUUGUAUCUUGGUCUGCGACAGAAACGCGCUCUCAGGCAGGAAUACGAUGAACUUUGUGGAUAAAUUCGUCAAAGCCGCGCGGAAGAGCGACGAUAUUCAGGGGACUGGAUGCGUGACGCUGGCUGCUCUCCUUGCCGCGCUGCAGGUUAGCAAAGUCAAAUUGACUGAUGUCCCGGUCGUUUGUUUCGGUGCCGGGCUAGUAGGUACGGACAUCGCAGCGCAAAUCAGGGACGCAACAGCUGCGGAAUCGAAAAAGUCGAAGGAUGAGGCAUUGAAGGCCUCCUCCUCACAUCCCCAAGGCGAUCAGCUAACACCGGCCCAGUCUACCUUCGCACGGGAUGGCUAG